UGAGCAUUCCCUGUGGAAUGCCAGGUAAGUUUCCUGCUCUACAUCAUACAUAAGCCACACGAAGCACAAACCACAGGCAGGGGAAUACUGUGGACUUAAACCAGAAAUCCUAAUGAAGUAGGGUGUGGAGCUAUGCUGUGUGAGGCCUACUCUGACCACUGGGGUGGUCACCACACAGGGUUCCACUGUCCCCGCCUCUCUGACCCCCCUGACCUGUCCUUCUGUUGCUGGCUGGGAGAGGGUUUGGGGCUCAAACAGUGCUGCCCACGUUCCCAGUACCACAAUAGCAUGAACAGCAGUCAGACAGGGACCAGAGUGAACUCCAAAGAACCUGUUUACAGCUACAGGUCCCUGUUCCAGACUGUGGUUCUGCUCUAUGGGUCCUUGGUACUGGUCCUGAUGCUUGUGGACUUCCUAUGGUUCUGUCGUGCGCGGGGUCUUUCAGUAACGGCAGCUCUUACGAGGCAUGUCACGUGUCCCCGUUGGAUCUCUAGCCUCCUCUUCCCGUACAGCAACAAGACACAGCAGCAGCUCUACUGCUACCAUGGCAAUGGGAGGGACUCACAAGUCCUAGGUGAGCACAAGAUCCCUCAAGACUCCUCUUGUCUCUAAGGUAACAGAGGACACCGACAACAGUGAGGCAAUUUGGCUGACCCAUUAAAGACUGAGAGUGUCCUAGGGGAGAAAUGUCCAUGCCAAGUUCUACAUUUGAGCAUUUGAAUACCUUGAUGACCAUCAAUUUAAAACAACAAAAAACUGGAUAACAUACAUACACUAUGGCAUAACAGGGUGUUUUCGUGCAUAUGGAUCACACCAGAGUAUAUAGGGAUAAUGAGUGAUCAUAAGAUAUCUUAUGGUUUUGCUUGUAUAUUUCCAAUGUGUAUAGUUUUAAUAGGUACAUUUAUUCCCAUCAGCACCAGAUUUAUUAGGAUAUACAGUGAAUCAGUAAACUACUUUGUCUCUAUACUGAGCAAGAGGGCUCAUAAUGCCCUGCAUUGGGUGUCUACUUCAGGUAAAUGUAUGGAACAUUAGAUGAUACUGUAUGAUAUCUAUGGUCUGUCUUUUGUCAUCCUUAUCAUAAUGAAAUACAAUGCUUUAUACUAAAUAAAAGUUAACAUUGCAGCUCUAAUAAAAUCAA